ACUAGCUUUGAAAAAUAUUAGUGGAAUACCUGUUUAUAAGUUAUUUCUAGCCAAAAUGUGGCUGGAUUUAACGUGCAGUUUAUUCAUUCUGUGGGUUGGAGUUGCCAAGGCCCAGCCGGUCAACCUAUGCACAGAAAGCCCCGAAUUAUAUUACCAAUGUAAGGGGACGUCAAAAUGUAUUUCACGGUCCUGGUUCUGCGAUGGUACGCCAGACUGUCCCAGUGGCGAUGAUGAAGGCCCACUUUCAUGCCCGCUCUGCCCAGCUGGCCAGUUUGAAUGCGCUGUGGAUAAAACCUGUAUCCCUCAAGCGUGGCAGUGUGACGGCCGGCCCGACUGCCAUGAUGGUUCAGACGAAAGCCAGGAAACUUGCGAUCAGUUGAAGCGACGACCGUGGUCCGGAGCAGGUUUUCCGGUUCAUUUCAAAUGCCGGCCAAAUCAGUAUCAGUGCCCAGGUACAACCACUUGUAUUGAUAUGGAAAAGGUCUGUGAUGCUCGCAAAGACUGUAUAAGAGAUGGUGCAGAUGAGGGAUACUUCUGCACGAAUGCGGACUGUGGCACUAAGAACUGUCCCGAGAAGUGUAAGGAAACUGUGGAGGGUGCUCUGUGCUAUUGUAAAGAUGGCUCUCAGUUUAAUAAAAAUACAUCUCUGUGUGAAGACAUGAAUGAGUGUUCAUACGAAGGUUACUGUGAUCAGAACUGUAGUAAUUCAGUGGGCUCAUACACGUGUUCUUGUACCGAUGGUUACCAGUUACAAGAUAAAACUGCCUGCAAGGCUGUCAACGACCCCCAUGGCACAAAGGAAGUGCUCCUCGUGGCGAGCAUGGACGGUAUUCAGCAGUACUCGACUGACGGAACGAAGUUACAGAGCUUUUCCCAGCAGCAAGCGCAGGCAAUGGACUUCAACCAUCGGAAUCAAUCAAUCUGCUGGGUGCGGCUAGGUGCGUCUCCGAUCUCUGGCACAGCCAUGUUAAUGUGCAGUAGCAUCGACCUUAAACAAACCUGGAGCAUCAAAACGCAGUAUAAACUGAAUGAUGUUGAACAGAUGGCUCUCGACUGGGUCACUGGUAACUGGUACUUCACUGACAAAGUCAUUGGACGCAUCUUUGUCUGUACGGGGACCGGCAAGCGCUGCCGGACAAUCCUCUACACGAGCCAUCCAGGCGAUAUAAAGUUGGAUCCACAGAUGGGGUUCAUGUUCUUCACGAAAUCGGGCAGCAGUGCGAAAGUAUCGCGGGCAGCCAUGGACGGUAGUGGCAAGGAGACGGAACUCGUAUCCAAAAUGAUCACACGGCCACGUGGUUUGACGCUGGAUUACGCCAACAAACAUGUCUACUGGACUGACACGUACGCAAACUACAUCCAGAGGAUCACAUAUUUUGGAAAGCAGCGGACUGUAAUAAUGACUGGAAAAUGGGUUGACAACAUAUUUGGCCUCGCCAUCCUGGAAAAUAUUAUCUACGGCACAGAUCAACAGAACGGUAGCAUUAUUCGCUUCCACCGUCACAAGCACAUGAAGGUGGAACCAUCUGCCAUCGUCUCACGGCAGUUGAAGAUACCCCGAGCAAUUAGCAUUUAUCACAGGCAGAGGCAGCCCAAAGUCUUCAACCAAGCUUGUGCAAACAAGGGUGGCUGCUCCCAUUUCUGUUUUCCUGUCUAUAACAAGACGUUGCACGCAUCUUCUCCAAAAUGUCAAUGUGAAAUCGGUUUCCGGCUCGUCAACAACACAAAAUGCAUAGCCACAAACAGUUCAAACUUCCUGAUCUACAGCAGUUCACGUCUAAAACUCAUCCGUGGAAUAUCCCCGAAUAAAUCUGAUACUGUCGACGCCAUGCCACCAUUGGUCGACAUCAACAACCCCGGAGCGGUUUCGUACCAUGCGGCGGAUGGAUUUAUUUAUUAUUGCCACGUGCAUCUGUCACAGGGGCGGAUCGGGAGGAGGAAGGUCGAUGGGUCGAUGCGCAAUGAUAGCUUCAUCAGUAAACGCAUCAAGCAGUGCGAAGGUCUAGCUGUCGAUUGGAUUGGGAACAAUAUUUUCUGGACUGAUGGUCCGUUGAAGUUGAUUAGCGUGGCAAGUCUCGUCGACCCAAACAUCCGGAAGGCGGUCAUCAGCGAGGGGUUGACCCACCCGAGAGCCAUUGCAGUUGACCCAGAUGAUGGUCACAUGUACUUCACGGACUGGGUGAAAAGUUCCGACAGCUCUGACGCGUUGAGCCAUCUUGCAAAAAUCUGGCGUGCAGGUCUAGACGGGUCCAACAUGCAAGUGAUCGUUGAUGCCAGUCGACCUUGGCCGCUGUACUGGCCGUGCGGCUUGGCGUUAGAUCUGAAGAAACGUGACGUCUACUGGGCCGAGGCUUAUUAUGACAGGAUAGAGAAGAUCACUAUGGAUAGCUUGCAGACUGGUCACACGCCGGAGAUGGUCCUCCAAAAGCACCCCGACCUGAAACACCCUCUUGGUCUCGCCCUCAACAACAACUCCCUCUAUUGGUCCGAGAUAUCAAAGAUCGUCGAAUUCAAUUUGACGUCGAAAAGAAAUGUUUCAAGUCUACGAAGCGAUGCGUACAGUUAUUUUGACCUGAAGUUCUUCAGCAAAGCAAGCCAACCAGUAUCGCAUUCAGUCUGUGCCCAUCAUAAUGGUGAUUGUAGUGACCUCUGUCUGCAGAACUCAUCCCUAAUCCGCUCUUGUCAUUGUCGGGAUGGGUAUAAGUUCAAGAAAGGAUCCGACUUGGAGUGUGAACCUAAUCCCGAUUACAACCACACGACAGGGUGCCGCCGAGAUAUGGAGUUCCAGUGUCUGCGCUCUGGCGUGUGUAUCCCCAAGGAAAGUCUGUGCGAUGGAGAGCAGGAUUGCCAAGAUGCGUCGGACGAAGACCGUGUCAAGUGCAUGGCGAAACCUUGUGAUGAUCCUGAGCGAAUGCACCGCUGCAUGAACAACCGUUGCAUCUACAGUCGCUGGUUAUGUGACGGAGAGGACGAUUGCAGGUCCGGCCAACUCGAUGAUGAAGACCCUGCCAAAUGUACCAAUAAGACUUGUCCUGAGAAAUACCGUCGGUGCAGUGAUACAGGCCGAUGUUACCCGCCGGAGUGGUACUGCGAUCAUGACUAUGAUUGUGAGGAUCAUUCAGACGAACCAGCGCAUUGUCAUGAUGUGACGUGUAGCUGGGACCAGUACCGCUGUAAUAACUCACAGUGUAUCCCAGCAUCCUAUGUCUGCGAUGGUGACGGUGACUGCAAAGAUGGGUCAGAUGAGACGGACUGCCAGGGCAAAUACAAUUGUAACAACGAAACCGAAAUCACUUGUAAGAAAGGUGGCCGAUGUCUUCCUAAGUACUACCGCUGUGAUGGCCUCAUGAAUUGUGAGGAUGGCUCUGAUGAGGAAGACUGCGUGUGGGACCAGAAUGGUGGACACGGUCAUUUCCCAGAAAAUGCGUUCCCGGAUCGUAACCCCGAUUACAGCAUUGAUGCGCCUUGGACUUAUCCAGAUGAGUUCAACUUCCAAUGUGAGGAGAGCGAGUUUAAAUGCAACGACGGAGAAUGUAUCCCAGGAAUCUGGCUGUGCGACCGCGAGGUGGACUGUGGGGACAGCAGUGAUGAACAGCCGAUACAGUCCUGUAACUCAACAGGAACCCAAAGUCCAACCAACCAGUGCGAGCCUGACAAAUUCGGCUGCAAUUCGACAGCGCUUGUUUUCCAGUGUUUCGAGCGGAUGGACGUCAUGUGUGACGGGAUUAAAGACUGUAUGGAUAACUCAGAUGAGACAGCUGAGGAGUGCGGGAACAGACCAAUCCCCUCCGUCUGUAGGCCCGGGGAGUAUGACUGUAUCGGAGGAUCUCCACGCUGCGUCAACUUGACCAAAGUUUGCGACAACCGUCCUGACUGUGACCACGGAGCAGACGAAGGCCUCUUCUGCAGCAAGAAGCUGUGCGAUCUGAGCAGUCCUUGUAGCCACACGUGUCAUAACACGCCUCAGGGUCUGUCGUGCUCGUGUCCGCCAGGAAUGGCCCUGGAUGUCGAUGAUCGGAAUUGCAUUAAGGUAGGGUGUGGCUGGGGCAUCUGUAGCCAGGGAUGCCAGGCACUGAGAGGGAGCAGAGUCUACUGCACGUGCAACGAAGGUUAUAGUAUGGAAGCUGAUGGCUUCACCUGUAAAUCUAACGAUGGCAGAAACCCCUUCCUCAUCUUUUCCAAUCGUCAUGAAAUGCGUCGCCUCGACAUUAAAACCGGAGCGUAUGUGUCGUUGGUGUCUGGCUUGCCGAAUACAAUCGCCCUCGACUUCCACUACAAGAAGCAGAUGCUGUUCUGGACAGACGUCGUGGAUGAUCAGAUAUCCAGUGGGACCAUGAUAUCAAAUACUCUGAACAACAUCAAACCAGUCAUCUCUGUCGGCCUCGCUACGGCGGAGGGCUUGGCAAUCGAUUGGAUCGGUGACAACAUCUACUGGGUGGAGAGCCACCUGGAUCAGAUUGAGGUGGCACGACUGAAUGGCUCGAUGCGGACGACCCUUGUUGCUGGCAAUAUGGAGAGUCCGAGGGCGAUCGUGCUGGACCCAAGAUGGGGCCUGUUGUUUUGGAGCGACUGGCACUCUGCCCGACCGAGGAUCGAGCGUGUUUCAAUGAGCGGCGAAGGCAGGAAGACCAUUGUUGACAUCCGUCCCUUGCACGGUGCAGGGUGGCCCAAUGGGAUGACGUUGGAUUAUGAGAAUGUCCGCCUCUAUUGGAUUGAUGCAAGGUCUGACUCCAUCCACACGGUGAACUAUGAGGGCGGUGACCAUCGCCUCGUCCUCCGUGAUCACACACAUCUCUUCCAUCCAUUCGCGAUCACGACCUUUGGCAAUCAUGUCUACUGGACCGAUUGGAAGACGAAUUCACUUAUCAAGGCUAACAAAUGGAACGGCACCGAUGUCAAGUUUGUCGAUCGUACCAUCACUCAGCCGUUCGAUGUGCACGUCUAUCACUCGUCCCGCCAGCCAGACUGUCCAAAUCCGUGUGAACACAACAAUGGAGGUUGCUCCCAUCUAUGCCUGAUCAACUCGGACCCGAGUCUUGCAAACACGGCACAUAAAACACGUGCAGGAUGCGCUUGUCCUCAUCUGAUGAAACUGAUGGCGGACAAGAAAACGUGUGAGAAAAAUGACAAGUUCCUGCUCUACGCCAAACCAAAUGAGAUUCGUGGCGUAGACCUCAUCGACGCAGACUACAACGUCAUCCCAUCCCUAACGCUACCUCACAUCAGCCGUCCGGCAGCCAUUGAUUACGACACCAAAGAUGGCGGCAAAAUCUAUUGGACGGAUUCAGAGAAGAAUGUUGUAAAUCGUGUGAACCUUGACCUGAGUGGGAUGGAGACGGUCACAGAUUCUGCAUUGGUGGCUAGAAAUGUUUCCGAAAUCCAACAUCCGGAAGGCUUCAUCAUCGACUGGAUCUCUGGGAAUAUGUACUUCUCAACGUAUAACGCCAACGGCGGCAAGGUUUCUGUAUCCACACUAGAUGGCGCCUAUAGAGUCGACCUCGACUUAGUCACCUUGAAACUGAAGAAACCUACAUCUCUUGCUGUCCAUCCCCAAAAAGGGAAACUCUUCAUCGCCGACACAGGGUCGACCAAACCUACCAUUUACUCAGGCAAUAUGGAUGGGAGUGAGAUGGACGUCCUUACGGUUACAACAGCCGCCAUGAUGCCACAAAAUUUGACAGUUGACACGACCAACGACCUCCUGUUCUGGGUCGAUGCGCUGACCAACCACAUCAACUACUGUAACCUGGACGGGACAAAAUUACAGAGCAUCUUGCUACCGAACAUCACCGUGGAUAUGGUGAUCACGGCCAUGACAGUCUACAAGGAGUGGAUCUAUUUCGCGGCCGGGACGCUGCAUAACGGAAUGAUUUAUAAGGUGAAGAAGGACGGGACAAGUCUUAUGAUCGUACGCAAUAACACGGCGCAUGUGAAUAGUUUGAAAGUGUACGAUGCGGACAUUAGGACAGGUGAUAACACAUGCAAUGAAAACAAAGGAGGCUGCGCACAGCUCUGUCUGCCGAAGAGCGCGACGGAGAGCGUCUGCAGGUGCACCCUGGGAUACGUCCUUUCCGCCAGUGAUAUGAAGAGCUGCAUUGGUCUUCAUUCUUUCCUGAUGUAUUCGACGAAUUUUGCGAUCCAUGGACGGUCGUUGAAGCUCCCUGACCAUGCAGCACUCCCACCGAUCUCACAGAUAUCUGAAGUGGUGGCCAUCGACUACUAUGCUGCUGAUGACUACAUCUUCUGGGUAAACAACAAGGCGUCCACGAUCUCCAGAAUCAAACGUGACCUGACGCAGCGUGAGAUCAUCGUGCGUGGAGGACUCAUGGGUGUCGAGGGCCUGGCGGUAGAUUGGGCUGCAGGUAACCUGUACUGGACGGACCAGGGUUUCGGCACGAUUGAGGUUUCGCGCCUGAAUGGUUCAGAUCGCUAUGUGGUCCUGUCCAACGACACGGAUAAGCCAAGCUCCAUUGUAGUCCAUCCUGCCAAAGGCUUGAUGAUCUGGAGCAACUUCGGCACCCGCAACCGGAUCGAAAUCGCCAAUCUUGAUGGGUCAAACCGCCGUGACCUCGUCAAUGAAACAAUCUACCAACCAUCAAGCAUCUACCUCGACUUUGCGCCGGACGGCGAUUAUUUGUACUGGUGCGACCGAGCGAGUAACACGAUUGAGAGGGUCAAGUUGGACGGGAUGGUAGCAAAGGGACGGGUGACAGUUCUGCGGAAUUUGACGUAUUGUAGUGCCAUCGCUGUCUAUGAGGAUUAUGUUUAUUGGACAGAAAUGGAGACUUUCAAGUCACGUGUCAUGCGCACCUUCAAGAACGGCACAACAACAUCGAAUAUGACCUUCAUCAAGGUCAACGACUUUAGCACAAAGAAAAUCCUCAACGAUUUGAAAAUCUUUGACAAAAAUCGCCAGCAGACGACCAACAUCUGCUCUGUUAAAAAUGGCGGCUGCCAGGAUUUGUGUUUCUACCUCGGUGAGGGGAAAAGGAAGUGUGCAUGUGCUCAUGGGAAGGCUUCAGCCAAUGGCACCACGUGCGAAGAUCAUGGUGAGUUCAUCCUAUACUCCAGCAUCUCAAGUAUCGACGGCAUUAACAUCAUGGAUCCGGACAACAAGAAUGCACCAAUCAAAUCCAUCCAAAAUGCCACAUCCAUGUUUAACGUCAUCGGGCUCGCGUUCGACUUCGAAUCAAAGAUUGUCUUCUUUAGCGACCUGAAACGGGGCGAUAUCCAGCGGGUGUUUGCUAAUGGGACUGGAUUUGAGACUGUCGUCUCGGGUGUUGGUUCGGCCGAGGGUCUGGCCUACAAUCCCACCUUCAAGGAGCUCUACUGGACAAGUUAUUCCAACUCCUCCAUCAAUCGUGUCAGCUUCGGGCUGCGUCCAAUGGCAACGGGACCAAACGGUGUGGCUGUUGGUGGCAUGGAAAAAUAUCACAGAGAGACAGUCGUACAGCUGGAUGCUGAUGAUCACCCGCGCUCUAUUGUCAUAGAUACGUGUAAAUCCCUUUUAUUCUGGACCAACUGGAACCCGAAGAAGCCUAGCAUCCAGAGGGCGUACCUGGGCGGCUGGGACGUCAAAGCGAUCAUCACCACCAACAUCCGCGUACCCAAUGGCCUCGUCAUCGACCAUCGCGCCCAGAAACUCUACUGGUCCGAUGCUGGCCUGGAUAAGAUUGAGCGGUGUAACUUUGAUGGGUCAAACCGAACUGUGAUCAUCUCAGUCAUGCCGCAGCACAUCUUUGGCAUGGCCCUCCACGGUGACUACCUCUACUGGACAGACUGGGUAGCUCGUGCUGCUGUCCGUGCCAACAAAUAUGAUGGCUCUGGGACCAAGGUGCUACGGAAGACCGACAGACAACCGAUGGGUAUUGUUGCUUUUGCCGAGGAAACUAACAAUUGCAACCUGAACCCGUGUCAUAGAAACAACGGUGGAUGCGCUGGAACGUGCAAUGUGGACGAAUUUGGCAACGUCAUCUGUAACUGUACCAAGGACGGUAGUUGUCCAGGCAUGAAGAAGGCGUGUGCAUGGGACGACUACCGCUGUGGUAACGGAACGUGUAUAAACAUUGAGAAGACGUGUGAUGGCGUCAGACAUUGUCUUGAUGGUGGAGAUGAGAAGGUGGAUUACUGCCGCCACCGCACCUGCCCCGACAACUACUUCCGCUGCAGCAGCAGCAACAAAUGUCUGAAAUGGUUCAAACACUGCAACCGUAUAGACGACUGCGGUGACAACAGUGACGAGGCCGUCUGCCCGUGUCCGGAUGAUUACUUCCAAUGCAAUAACAAGACAAAGCACUGUAUUCUGCGGAGUCAUGUGUGUGAUCACCAUCCUGACUGCCAGUCUGGCGAGGAUGAGGUCCAUUGUGAUAAUGUCGACUGCAACACGUUCACAUACCACGGCCAGGAGACGUUGAAACUGACGAAGUGUAACACGACCACAGCGUGUGUCAGUCCGGCGUGGCUCUGCGAUGGGGAGAACGAUUGUUGGGAUAAUUCGGAUGAGAAAAAUUGUCCAACGGCCCAGACCAACAAGACCUGUGGAGAAGGCAACUUUGCCUGCGAGUCCGACAAAAAUACUUGUAUCCCGUUGUCGUGGAAGUGUGACAAGAGUCCUGACUGUGCUGAUAAAUCAGAUGAGAAGCAUUGUGACCUCACGUGUGAUGAGAAUCAGAUAAAGUGCGGAACAACAGCCAAUGCCAGCGUCUGCAUCCCCAAGGAGUGGCAAUGUGACGGAGUGAAGGACUGUCUGGAUGGCAGUGAUGAGCCGGAUACAUGCCCUGGUUCUAAGACCUGCCCGCCAUCCUAUUUCACGUGUGACGAUGGUCAUUGUAUCCCUGACGACUGGCUCUGCGACGGGAAUAAGGAUUGUGGGAAGGGUGAAGACGAGAAUGUCACACGGGCAAAAUGUGUUGACAGAACAUGUGGGCCAAAGGAAUUCCGCUGCAUGAGUGGAGAGUGUGUGUGGUUUGAUUUCCGCUGCGACCAUCAUCACGACUGCAACGACAGCUCGGAUGAAGGACCAUUCUGUAAUUACCCGGUGUGCAAGGAUGGGUCUGACGGUAGUGCUGCCACAGAGUACCAGUGCAAGAAUGGCCAGUGCAUACCGCUGAAGCAGAAAUGUGAUGGCCGCUAUGACUGCACAGACCUCAGCGACGAGACGCGAGAACUCUGCACACCCAAAGUUUGCGACAAGAAGUUCUUGUGCAAGAGUGGAAAAUGUUUGAACAAUUCAUUGGUUUGCAAUGGAAAGGACGAUUGUGGAGACUUCUCAGAUGAACAGUAUUGCCAUAUGAACGUUUGUGCGAGUGGCAGCCGUCAAAACCCAUGUGAAUACAAGUGUGUGGAUCUGAUUGCUGGGUACCGAUGUGAGUGCGCUCAUGGCUACAGGCUGAAUAAGGACAACGCCACAUGCUCAGACAUCGAUGAAUGCCAGGAAAACCUGCCGUGCUCCCACUAUUGCUCACCACACAACCACGGACAGCUCCAUACCGGCUUCCGUUGCUCAUGUGCCAAGGGAUUCCAACUCCAGGCUGACAAACGCUCAUGCAAGGUUGAAAAGAUCGCCCCCUAUCUGUUGAUAACGAACCGUUACUACAUCCGUAACAUCACCUUUGAGGGCGAUAUGCAGCUUGUCACGAAGGCGUUAAGUAAUGCGGUGGCAUUGGAUUUUGAUUGGACGGAUCAGAUGAUAUAUUGGUCAGACGUCACGAGCAUGGGGAGUAACAUCAGUCGGAUAUCGCUCCAGACUAAUGCAUCCCGCACGCCUAAACCUGAGGUCCUGCACUCCACCACACUGAGAAACCCUGAUGGUAUUGCCCUCGAUUGGCUGGGCCGCAAUCUAUACUGGUGUGACAAGACAACAGAUACAAUCGAGGUGUCCAAUCUUGACGGGAAGUUCCGCAAAGUGCUGGCGAACACUGGAUUACAGGAACCUCGUGCCUUGGCGGUGCAUCCCCUACGCGGUUACCUCUUCUACACCGACUGGGGCAACAAUGCCCACAUCGGUCGGAUGGGAAUGGAUGGUGGUGACCGCCGUUUCAUUGUCAACCAAGCAUUAGGCUGGCCCAAUGCGUUGACAGUCGAUUACAUCACAGACCACAUCUUCUGGGCUGACGCCAGAUUAGAUUACAUCAAGAUGGCCGACUUAGAAGGCAAAAAUGAACGCGUCAUAAUUGCACAAAACCUGCCACAUAUUUUUGCGUUGACGCAGUUUGGCGAUUACUUGUUCUGGACUGAUUGGGAACAGAAGGGGAUUGAGCGCGCCAACAAGUUCUCCGGGGAAGAUAGGAAGGUGCUGGCAUCCAUGAUUCAUCGACCGAUGGACGUGCACGUCAUUCAUCCAAAACGCCAACCACAGCCUCGGAUCAACCCCUGUCAUAAGGGAGGCGGCUGUAAGAAUCUCUGUCUGAUCAAGAGCGGUGGAAAGGGACGGACGUGUGCUUGCCCCGAGAAUCAUUACCUCGCUGCUGAUGCCGUUAGUUGUAUUUCUAACUGCACAACGUCUCAGUUCAAGUGUCGCGACACAUACAAGUGUAUCCCGUUCUGGAACAAGUGUGAUAGAGUGGAUGAUUGUGGUGACAGAUCUGAUGAAGGCCCAGACUGCCCUCCCUACUUCUGCCCGGAGCCGAACAUGGUUCAGUGUAAUGACUCGACCAAGGCCAGCUCGCACUGUAUCCCACCAAGUCAGGUCUGUGACGGCGUCAAGCAGUGCAGGGAUGGAUCUGAUGAACAGAACUGUAAGCGAUACACGUGCCUGUCGAACCAGUUCAAGUGCUACACCGAUUCGCGGUGCAUCUCGCUACCUCAGCGCUGUGACGGCCGUGAGGACUGCUUAAGUGGCGAAGAUGAGCUCAACUGUCCAAUCACAUCAUGUCCUCCCACGAAGUUCCGAUGCCGUAACACAGGGCGAUGCAUCCCGUAUGUUUGGCGCUGCGACGGCGCCAAUGACUGUGGCGACAUGAGUGACGAACCACAUGACUGUAAGAACAAGACGUGCCUUGAAGGGUACUUCCAGUGUAACUCAACUGGUCAGUGCAUCCCUGACAAAUGGAAGUGUGACGGUGAACAUGACUGUGGAGCCAAUGAUAUGACAGACGAACCAAAGGACGAAUGCAGCCAAGCAACAUGCUCUACCACGUAUUUCAAAUGUGAGAAUAAUCGUUGCAUUCCUGGUAGAUGGCGCUGCGAUUAUAGUAACGACUGUGGCGACAAUUCGGAUGAGAAAGGCUGCAAAUUGCGUCCAUGCUCUGAGAGUGAGUUCAACUGCUCUAAUGGCCACUGUAUCCCUCACUACUGGCGUUGUAACGGUGAAAGUGAUUGUAACGACGGGAGUGACGAGAAAGACUGUCACCAACAGUGUGCGGGCAAGUUCCAGUGUGUUUCCUCUAACUACUGCAUCCCAACAAGCUGGAAAUGUGAUGAUGAGAUCGACUGUGCAGACGGCUCAGAUGAAUCUGGAUGCAACAAGACGUGCAGCACGGGUGAGUUCGCCUGCGAUAACGGCCACUGCAUCCCGGGAUCUUGGCGUUGUGACGGCACGGAUGAUUGCGAUGACAACUCGGAUGAAUUAACAGGAUCCUGCAAAAACCUGACCUGCCCCGGCCGCCACCAGUGCCCAGAUGGUGUGUGCAUCCUGCCCUCCCAGGUCUGCGAUGGCAUCAAUCAUUGUGCAGAUACUUCAGAUGAACAAAAUUGUACCCUGGGUAGUGGAUGCAAAUCUGAGGAGUUUGAAUGCGAGUUCACAAAACAGUGCAUCCCGAAAAAGAACGUUUGUGAUAAGUUCACGGAGUGUGAGGAUGGAUCUGAUGAAUAUGUGUCACUCUGUCGCAAUUCUGUUGUUGACUGUGGCGCCCUCAAGUGUGAAUACAAGUGUACUAAGAUCGGGAGUACUGCCGUCUGCUUGUGUCCUGACCAUAAACAACUCGCUCCAAAUGGAAGGAACUGUAUAGACGUCAACCAAUGUAAGAUCUGGCGAACCUGUGAGCAGAAAUGUGAGAAGAAUCGCGGUGGCCACAAGUGUUCAUGCGCAGACGGCUACAUCAACGUGGCCGUGGAAACCAACGGGCCGCCCGUCUGCAAGGCACAAGGCAACCACCCCUACCUCCUGAUGUCUGUCGAGAACGUCCUACGCAGUGUUUCACUCAAUCUUGGACAAGCUGGCUUCGGAGUCUUCACAGAGAUACACAAGCACACCAAGAAGGUCGAAGCCAUUGAUGCCUUCAUCAAUCCUAAUGCCAAGGCUGGUGAGGACAACAUCACCAUCUUUGCUGCCACCUAUCAGCCAGCUGCCAUACUUAGAAUGCCAUUCAAUGAUAAAGAGGUCGUCCGUACAAAGCGAUCGGUAGAACUGAGUCAAGACCCCCAGGCACUGCCGCUUGAGGGUCUCCAAGAACUCCGUGGCCUCGCCGUCGACUGGAUCAGUAAGCGUAUCUACUGGACUGACGCUGGUCAGGAUAAGAUUGAGAUGGCCAACUUCGACGGGACCGAUCGCCGGACGGUCAUAUCAACCGAUCUUGAUCAGCCACACAGGAUUGUGGCACACCCGCAGAGCAGCAAAAUCUACUGGACUGACUGGGGUGUCAAUGCCAAGAUCGAAAAGGCAAAUCUCGAUGGCUCAAACCGCACCACCCUUGUGACCUAUGACCUCAUCUGGCCGACAGGAUUGGCUAUCGACUACCCCAAUGAGAGGCUCUACUUUGCUGAUACGAAAAAGGGAACGAUCGAGACUGUUAAUUUGGAUGGGAGUGAUCGGAGGAUUGUCAAGACUUUCCAGAGAAAUGACGACAAACCUUACAUGCUGGAUAUAUUUGAGAACAGUCUGUACGUCACCACUUACAAGAAUAAUGACGUCUUCAAGAUAAACAAAUACAACGCCUCCAAGCAGACGUACAUCGUACGAAACAUGCCGUCACGUACGAGGGUCGGCCAUAUUGUUAUCAUCCAGGAACAGAAACAGACACGGAAAGUGCCUAACCCCUGUUCUCAACUCCUGUGCCCCGGUCUCAACACUCUCUGUAUCAACCUGCCCUUCCUUCCACCCAAUGACCAUUCAUGCAUCUGCCCCAAUGGCUACAGCCGUAACGGCCAUGACUGCCUCCCGGCCAAGGACUGCCCCAAAGAUCUCUGUAUGAACGGAGGAGUUUGUCAGAGAGCGGAAAACAACCAACCAAAAUGCAGCUGUCCCAAACGCUAUUAUGGUGCGUUCUGUCAGAAUGAGCGCUGCUAUAAAAAUAUCUGCCUCCAUAACGGCACAUGCAACGUUGAUGAUAAGUUACAGGUGUCCUGCAGUUGUCCCAUGGAAUAUUCUGGCAGCCGCUGUGAAGUCCACAAGUGUACCAGCUACUGCCAGAACAAUGGUAACUGUACAGUGGUGCCAACCGGCAAGGCUUUCUGCGAGUGUCCAUUCGACUACGGUGGUCCACAAUGCCACACAAAGAGAACUGAUCUGUGCAAGGACUACUGUUUGAACGGCGCCCUCUGUGUGGUGACGGGAGAAGCAGGCAACGAAAGACCGACUUGCGCUUGCAGAGACGGCUUCACUGGAGAAAGAUGUGACCAGUGCAAGGAUCACAAGUGUUAUUUUGGCGGCUACUGCAAUAAAAACAAAUCCUGCAGUUGUCCAAUCGGAUUGAGUGUUGAUUACAACUGCAAAGAGACGGACUGUAAGGGUUUCUGUGCCAAUAAUGCCACGUGCCGAUUGGACGAUAAGAUGAAGCCAGUUUGUGUGUGUCCGCCGCGUUACCACUCGUUGAGAUGUCACUUAGAAAUGUGUGAAGGUUUCUGCAAAAGAGGAAACUGUAGUUACGAUGAUAAUGACCAGCCGAAGUGUACAUGUCCACCUAGUUACCGUGGCAGCACAUGCGAUCAGCUGAUAUCAACAUGCUAUGAGGGACUCUGUAAAAACAAUGGAAUGUGUAAGCUAGAUAAAAAUGAAGCUGGUAACCCACCAACAUGCAUCUGUCAGCCAGGAUUCACUGGCAACUUGUGUGAGAUUGCGCCAGGAUGUGACAAUUUCAUCUGUGAACAUCAUGGGUAUUGUGUACAAGAUACAGAGACUAAAAUGCCAACGUGCAUUUGCUCCCAUUUCUGGACAGGUACCCAUUGUGCAGAGCCCUCUUCAGUCCAGUGUAAGAACUACUGCUUCAAUAAUAGUACAUGUAUAGGGUGUACCAUAGAAAAUGCUGAUUACAGCUGUAAAGAAUGCACGUGUGCGAAGGGCUGGAAGGGACCACGCUGUGAAGAUCGUGACUUCUCUGUCGGUCGACGUACAGGCCAGCUAGAGGGAUCCACGAUAGCGGCUGUGGUGGUCCCCAUCCUUAUUUGUCUCAUCAUAUUUACUCUCGUAGCGGGAGUGUGUAUAUUCAGGAAAAAAUACUCAAAUAAACAAUUCCAUCACGCGAGAUUAGUGGAUAAUUCCAAUGUUGAGAUUAGUAAUCCUAUUUAUCGGGCGGGGAUGGAGGAGGAAACGAAUGUAGAUAUAGAACAGCCGUUUGAUCCUGAAAGGGUCCUAAAUUAUACGAACCCCAUGUACCAAGACGGCAUGUUAUUUUCAGACGGUACCACGCCGGUGCGGAACGAAGAGAAAAAAGAAUUACUUGACAAUGAUCAGUUAUCUAAUAUGCGAUUCGGUGAAGAUUAGCAUAAAUUUGCAUAAAACAUUGUGAUUGGCUAGUAUUAUGAAGAAUGCAAAUUGCAGCUGAAUGUGUGAUAUAGUAUUUUACUUUCAAGUGACUAAAAGUGGAUAGAGCUUGGAAUGUUGAUAAAGACUAAGAACUCGUAGAAUUGCGAUGGUUAGACUCAGUAGGGGCUGAGAACGGCCAUCAAUGAGUGGUGGACAUUUCACCCCUGAAGGUUCGUAAUUGGCCUGUUCCCAGAUCAGCACCCCUGGUGGAGGAGUUCUGUUAGCAGGGGAACAAAAUGGCUGACUUGUGGGGUCAGAAUUUGAAAGCCGUGAUGUUGAGCUGCCCCAGUACGUGGCAAAGUUCAACAACUCCACGGCAGGAGUUGCUCAUCUGAAAAGAGGUGAAUUCAUUGAAGAAGUUGGUUUGAAACUGCUUCUCAAGUUGGUUUCAAAUUAUAUGUUCCUUUGAUCUUCUUUUGAUUUAACGAGGAGAGAGCUGAGGGUGAAAAAUCCUCUCUUUUUUAGAUGAGCAUCACGUAUGAAUCAUCCAUUGAAGCUAAAUGUUGAACUAUUCUGAAACUAUGAAAAGCUGCCUGAUUUUAAAAUGCCAAAAUGCUUGGCCCUUAGAUGUUCAAAUGUGGAGAUAAUCAAUGAAAUAAUGCAACUCAGGCAGUUUAAAUACCGGUACGAAUGGAUAUUCAAAUAUGUGUUUUAACCUUAGCACCUCAGUUACCUGAAUAGGCUCUAUCCCAUUAACUAGAGUCUGUGCAGGGAAAUUGGGUGAGAAGGUAAUUACACCCCUGCUUUCCUGAAUGGAUUCUUCUGGAAGUGUCCAUGCAUGGAAGUUGGGUCAAAAGCUCACAGCUGUUUCAUUUCAUUUCAAACCAAAUAACUUUUGGGUAUCUUUUUUAUAAAACAGCUGGAUAUCAUUUGGGCAUUUCUUCAUUGUGUUCAAGAGCGAGAUCUGCCUGGUUUUUUGUGGCAAGUCGCAAUUAGUGGUCUUUGCAUGUUGAACGUGUGUGUUCUAGUUUACAGCAUGUUGAAAUACGUGACCUAGAUACUAAGGUAGUUUGCUGAACACUUGAUGCUAGACGUUCUUGUAAUUUAUUUGAUGCAUAUUUUUAGUUGACUUCCCUGAUGUCGAAACCAUUUUUCCCCAGAAGCCAGAAUAUGCUACCACAUUUGAGUUUGUGCUAAUGAUAUUUCACAGUACUGUUACAUAAUUUGAUUAUGUGAUUAGUUUUGAUUAAUUCCGAUACCAUGGUUACAGAUACCGAUACCAUGGUUACCGAUACUAUGGUUACAGAUUGUUUUGUUUCAGGGUUAAUUUCUUAUUUAAAUGGCCGAGUUUCGGUUCAGAUUUUGUUUGGGGAGUUUUCGUUGAGUGACCUUUCCAUUGAAUGGUUGAAACCAGUAGCUUUAAGGUUAAGGUGAGGAAGGGGCAUCUUGUUAAAUUCUUGAAAGAUACUUAAUAAACAAAUCAAAAUCAAGGUUCAGAUGAUAACCAUUAGCUUUCUAAUAAAUGAUCGUGUUAUUAGCUUUCGGCAGUUUUCGUUUUUUUGGGCAACUUUUCUUUUCCCGCUCAGUCAGUUUAUGGUGUCAGAAAUUGACAACUAAUUGAUGAAAUUACAUGUAUACUUUAAAUAACUAACUGAAGUCUGGUAGUACAUACAGGAAUGUUAUGCACAGCUUAUUUUUACCCAGUUCUUUGGGUUGAAGAUUAUUUUUUCUUAAUUUGACAGAGUAUUAUCCCUGUAAAUAAUACACAUAACACAUUCGGUCAUGAGAAUAUCCAUCUUGGUCAUUUGUAUUUGCAUAUUCAUUACAGUAUUUGCAUAUUCAUUGUAAAAAAUUGCAUAUUUUGAAAUUUGCAUAUUCUCAUCAUGGUGGAGUCAGUCUCGUCUAUUUUGUAUAAAGCUCGCCACUCAAUCUUGUGAAUAAGCUGUAUAUUUUUGUAACAUUUUGACGACGGAGGCAACGCAGUGCUGAGCUAGCUAUUAAAGUGUUAAUACAUUGUAAUUAUGUAAAUCAGACAUCAGUGUGUUGUUGCCAUAGAAACCAAGAAGGCCGUUCUUUAGUGGUUCUUGGUGGUUGCCCGAGUAAUGAGGAAUUAACUUAAUUUGUACUUAUUUUAUACUGAUGUCAAAAUUAUUGGUGCAUCAGUGAUAAACUGAUGCUUGUUUGAGUGUGUUCAGGGAGAGAAUCCCUUCUAGAAUCUGAGUCAACCUGGGGACUGAGAGGGUUUUGACAAUACUUAGGCAGUAAAUUCUCAUAUAAUUUGGCAACUUUUGGAAGAAGAAUUCACUUUCUGCUCAAGGUUGAUUUGAAACCUCUUAGUCCUAAUUGUAGACAAUUAAGCUGUAUAUCUUGAAUCCGCGAACAUUUUGUAUUUUCUACUUCAUUCCGAUGUCAAUAUUCCUGUGUUCAUGUUUUUAAAUGAAUUUUAGUGUAUAAUAUCUUUGAGGUUGUGUACUGUUUGAUCUGAGACCUUUGACUCUCUGUUACAUGCUCAGUGGUACACCCUGUAAAACAGGUUUGCGUAAAGUAAGUUUAUAGUGUAGUGUCAGCCGUACUGACAGGGCCAGCCAAACUUGCUUGUGGGCCAUUCUGAAUGUAAGACAAGGAGGUAGUUUGUACCCUCAUCAUGUAAUAGAGAGGUCUAGCUGACGCGAUUUGAAUUCUUAUACAAUGCUUGUGAACUGUAACACCUGUCAGGAGACGUUAGGAUUAGUAGGUGGCAGCACUGUUGACAAACUGGAGAGACUAUAUUCAGUUUGAUGUCUCUGUAGGUACAGUAAAGCACUUAUGAGAGAAACCGAGAAGGUUCUCGCUGAAAUCAAGAGAUUAAAUAAAAUAUUUUCAGUUCAA